ACAUUUCUCUCCUCGGAAGUAGAGUAAACGAACAGGAAACACUAUAGAGCCAUGGCGGAAAUUGUGAGAGUGUCCAAAAGGAGCGAUGAGAGUAGCCCUCUAUCCAUGACAUAUUCAGAAGCUGAUGAUGCAACAUAUACAAGUAUAACUAUAACAGCUGAUGAGGUUCAGUCGCCCUCUCUUAAUUCAGAGGACAAUUUAGUAAGCUCCUUGGACGAAUCAAAAACCCUCGUUGCCGCGGAAAACUACACCCAAAAGUGCCACAGUGCAGAUGGAUUUUUUUACACUGGUAAUAGUGGUAAACGACGCAAAUUCUCACCAAAUUCAAUCGUUUUGGCCUGGAAGAAGCAUACCUACGAGUUCAUAAAGAAGGAGAAGAAACCUAAGAAGCGCAAGAAUCCACGUCCAGAAGGUUCUCCCAAAGUGGACCUAACGGACCCGUCGGAAUUAAUAGUGGCCAGAAAGUAUCGCCUAAUCGAGUGUAUCGGGAAUGGUUCUUUUGGAGAGCUCUACCGAGCUGUAGAUAUCAAGAAGGGCGAGGAGGUGGCUGUGAAAGUGGAGUACAUCACUGCCGCACAUUCGAUGCUGGAGCGCGAGGCGAAGGUAUACAAACUCCUCGCUGGGGCUGAAGGAAUCCCCAAAGUACGAUAUUAUGGACCUGAGAGAGAUGUUAAUGUUCUGGUGCUGGAUCUGUUGGGACCCUCCUUGGAGGAUCUGCUGAACUUUUGUACGCGCACCUUCAGCUUGAAGACCACCCUAAUGCUGGCCUUACAGAUGCUGUCCCGCCUGGAGUGUGUCCACAAGAAGGGCUACAUCCAUCGCGACAUCAAGCCAGAUAACUUCCUGAUGGGCUUGGACGGGCAGCGCUGCCUGGUCUUCCUUAUUGACUUUGGCCUGGCCAAGAAGUAUUACGAUCCCUACACCGGGAAGCACAUCGAGUACUGCCAGAAGCGGGAGCUGGUGGGCACACCACGUUACUCCUCCGUCCGGUCGCAUUUUGCCGAGCAAGGGCGCCGCGACGACUUGGAGUCCUUGGGCUACAUGCUCAUCUAUUUUCGGCUGGGAAGGCUCCCCUGGCAGGGCGUUCGGGCCGACACCAGGGCACAGAAGUUCGAGCAGAUUGGCGAGAUGAAGGCCUCCAUCAAGCUGGAUAGCCUGUGCAACCAAAUGCCCGACGAGUUCUUGCUGUUCCUCCGCUACUGUCGUUGCCUGCACUUCGGCGACAUGCCCGACUACGUGUAUCUGCGCAGGAUGAUUCAGAAUAUUCUAUUCCGCAAGGGGUUGCUCAACGACUUUCUCUUCGACUGGGUGGACCUAAAGCACCUGGCCGUCUCUCAACGUGACUGCGCUGUUCAACGGGGGCGCCAGAUCACAAAGAAGAACGUCAACUGCUGCUCUUGCAGUUACCACAAGUACAAGCGUCGCUUGGAUCACCAGAGGGACCGCAAUAGGGUACACCAUCCGACGUGCCCUUUAUAAUAUGAUCUCAUUUUCCGCUUUCCUGUUUUUAUUCAGAAUUAACUACCAAAAGAAAGUAUAUAUACUCGUACAUAUA